UUUAAGUUAAUCGGGUGUGGGGAGCGUGUGGAAUUUAUGAUGUGUUGGUCUAUACAGAGAAUGUAGAGAGUGUUUUUACAUAAUAUAUUAUGCUGAGCGUCGGUCCGCUCCGGUUACAAAUGAUCUAUAUUUAACAGCACAGACUCAAUCGUCGCAAAACCUUAUGCGAUCGCCUGUCGUUUCCGCAAACCCGCUUUAUCCGAACUAACCUAGUUAGAUAAUAAAUAUGAUAUGCUUCAUUUUAUUACGCAUUUUCUUGCGUAAACAAAAUGUUCCAUUGUAUGUGAUUUAUUAUAUACAAAAAUAUGUUUGAGCUUUUGUCUUUAUAACAAAAGGUUUGUCAUUAAAAGGUACGGUUAUGAUAAAUAACAUGAUUCUGGGCACAGACCCAGAAAAGCCAGAUUUCAAUAUAAUAAAAAACAAUAGCGGAAUAUUCUGAUCAAACAAACACCCGCUUCCGCAUGAAAACCCACUAGGUACAAAAUGUAGUUACCUAAGGCCCGGGUGAUUGCUUUGAAUUUAAUAUUUCACGGAAAUUCUCUUUGAUCUGAGAAGAUUUAAGGGCAUGCGAUGGUGUUAAUUUUCUUAAAGUAGCCCAAACACGACGUCCUAGGUUAAAUUACAAGUGACCUUUGAGUGUCGGACGGUAGCGCGUGACAUCUCACCACAAAGCGUGGAACUUAAAUUUAGAUUUAAAAAAAUAAGCUGCGGGCAUGAGUGGAUUUCGGGUAUUCGGCAAUAAUUUUAGAAGCCUGUGGGUAUUUUAAUAAUUUUAAAAUUAUCUGCCAUGUUGAGCUUUUGGAAUUAAACAUUUAUGCAGACAUGUAAAUUCUCAUAAAUAAGGUUAAAUAGCAGAAAGGUGACGUUGCUUUCCGUCUUGGUUUUCGUUUAACUGUGAGUAGGGUUCUUGUAUCAGAAACAAACGGGCCUACUCACACAGGUGUGGAAGCCUUUUCAAAGUGACUCAGAAGCUGGGAGCACACAGUUCCAAGAUGGCGCCCUAUGGUCUGAUGUUUGCAUUUGCUGCGUGGUCAAGCAUGGUCACUAUCACGCAGGCUGCAAAUGAGUCGCAUGCCGGGAAUGCAUCAGCCGCAAUUUUACCCUUGCUUCUUGUCUCAUUCGAUGGUUUCCGAGCGGAUUAUCUGGAAAAGUAUCCCUUCCCUAACCUGCGGGAGUUUCACUCUGACGGCGUGCUCGUGGAUCACCUCACCAACGUCUUCAUCACCAAAACCUUCCCGAACCAUUACAGCCUGGUGACGGGGCUCUAUGCGGAAAGCCAUGGAAUCCUAUCCAGUACCAUGUACGACCCUGUGAUGAAUAGAACAUUCUCUGUCCAUAACCACAGCACCGAUGCUGUCUGGUGGAAUAAGGCCACUCCCAUCUGGGUGUCCGUGCAGAAUUCCGGGUACAAGACAGCAGCCGCCAUGUGGCCGGGAACUGACGUCGCCAUCCAAAACAAGACGCCCACGUACUUCAUGAAGUACGACUCAAAAGUGAGCUUUCGGGAUCGUGUGGUUAACCUCACUAAUUGGCUGGUCAGAGAUGAAGCUGUUAAGUUCGCUGUUCUGUACUGGGAGGAGCCAGACAGCGCCGGCCAUACCUACGGCCCCGACAACGUCACGGAGAUGAAGAAGGCGCUCAAGGAGGUGGACGACAACAUCGGCUUCCUGAUGGAGCAGCUGAAAAGCAAGGGUCUCUGGGACAAAAUCAACGUCAUAGUGACCAGUGACCACGGCAUGGCCCAGUGCUCUCCAGAUCGACUCAUACAGCUGGACAAGUGUCUGAAGGACAGCGCAUACACCUUAGUGGAUGAGACCCCGGUCGCGGCCAUUUUACCUCGUAUAAAUGAUUCUGUUGUGUUUAAGAAUCUGAGCCAGUGUCACCCGAACAUGAAAGCCUACAUGAAGACAGACAUUCCUGAUAGGCUGCAUUACAAGAACAACGUGAGGAUUCAGCCAAUCAUCCUGGUUGCAGAUGAAGGCUGGACGAUCGUCCAGAAUGAGAAACACCUACGUUUGGGUGAUCAUGGCUACGACAAUUCCCUUCCCAGCAUGCACCCCUUCUUAGCAGCUCAUGGUCCUGCUUUUCGCAAGGGCUACCGGCUGCCCAAUUUUAACAGUGUGGACAUAUACCCCUUAAUGUGCCACCUGUUGGGAAUAUCUGAGAAGCCCAACAAUGGCAGUUUCUCCAACACCCGCUGCCUCCUAGCUAGCGAGAGCUGCCUCGACCUCGCCAGCGUCAUCGGGAUUGUCAUUGGUUCCCUCAUGGUGCUCACCACGGUCACCUGCCUCUUCAUCUUCAUAAGGAACCGUGUGCCAGCUUCAUCGCGGCCCUUCGCCCGCCUCGAGCUACAGGAAGAUGAUGACGAUGACCCUUUGAUUGAUUAAGGGGUUUCAUUGGUUACAGGCUUUGAACCUGAUGUCCUGCUUUAGGUCACCAUGGAUGCAUGGAAGGUUUAAACAAGUCAGGGGUUUAAGAACAGAGCAGAAACUGUUUGUCGAAAAUAUAAGAGUGGCUGAAAGCACCUUCACUUGACAACUCGGUUUCUGAAGUGUACUGGUAGUUUUGUCAAUGUCCAGACUCAAACUUCGUUGGUGGUACUCGGAUAUAAUUUUGUUUACGUCACCUACUCAAAAUUCAGUGUGCAAACUCCUUUGGAGAUAAUUGGCAUCUGAUAAUAUUUUUGAAAUCUUAUUACGGAGUUAUUGCACCAUGUUCAAAAGAAUAUUGGCAGGGACAUCUUGAGCACCUCGACGAGAGUAUCAGUAUGUAACAGCAGGGAGUGACCUUGCUGGUGCAUAGUAGUAUUGGUACAUAAAUGACUCUUGCUCCAAAUUGACCUAACCCUGCUGACAUUGUCUGUAACUGGUGUUUCCUGAUUUCAUUUCAGGAAAGUUAGGUAUGAAUGCAGGUGUGUGGUUUUUUUUUUUUUAAGGGGAAUGUCAAUUUUCAAAGAUUUAGCAGUGUAAAUAAAAAGUAAAUAUGAAAUGUACUUAGCCUGAGUGCCUUAUAUAGCUGCAUUGAGGAAUAGAGAUCUGGAAUUACUUGAAUAUACUUUGUGUGUGGAAUGCGGUUCCAUUAACUUUCAAGUACAGCAGUGCCCACUUUGUGAUGAUACACUGAAUUCAUAAUUCCUAGACGAUGCACUUGUUCUGGUUGUGUUUCCCAAAUAUGCAUUCUGUUCGGCCACUUCAGCAUUUGUCUGCGAGUGGCUGUCAUCUCAACUUCCUUGUUUUAGUUCGGCUUCCCGAAUGGCUGCAUCUUUAGCCAUUUAUGCCAGUGUUUCCUUGCCCUGUCCACGGGGAGCCCGAGACAGGUGACAUUUCUGCUCCCAGGUUGUACCUAAUUGAGAAACACUGUCACUAUGCAACAGAGCCACAUAAUCGCAAAAUAUAUCUCUAAAAAUGGUGGAAAAUUCUUAAAGGGAAUUUUGUCAGAUCUUGUUCAUCCUUUUUUGCACUCAAAACUAAAUUUAUGUGAUGUACAAAAAAUAGGAAGAGAGUGUCUUAUAUUUGUAUGCUGAAAACAAUAGCUUCCGUUGUCUCCUUACAAAAAUGAUUUGAUUGUAAAACACAAAAGGCACUUUUUGAAUGACCAGUUUAGAAUCUUGCGUGAUUGGGCCAAACCUGUAGCCGCUGAUGUUUUAUGUAUCUAAAACCAAUGACUACUUAUAACUUGCAAAUACAUGCAUAAAUUCAGCAAAGGGCACAAUGAUUAGUAUUCGAGGACACUGGAGAUGUCUAGUUCUUAUAUCCUCAAACAGUAUUCCUAAUCUGGUUGACUCCAGUCAGUACAGUCUAUUUUAGUGUGUCAGUUUUGUUAAAAUUGACUUGAAAACGAAUGGAAUUUGCUGUUUUUUUCCAAAGUGGAUGAGAAUGCUUUUUUUUUUUUCUUUCUUGUAUACGUCUAUUGUAACUGGAGUCAGAAUUUUCUACGCUUAUGGGGGUGUCUUUCCAGUCAGGCAUGUUGACUUGCUACCGUAAAGUGGCUUACAGGUCAAAAUCUAGCACUUUGUGGGAGAUGCACCUGUCUGCCGGGAGACCCCACUGCCCUGAGCUCCCGCGUCAGUCAUUUCCUCUGUGGAUGUAUUAAACCAGCGUUUCUCAGAUCAGUCCUCAGGGGCCUCCAGACUGUCCAUGUUUUUGCUCUAUCCCAACUCCCGGGCAGAGGGAAAGGACAAGGCAAGGACUGGUUUGAGAAACACUGCAUUAGACCUUCUUCUGGCACUGUAUUUGUCUGUGUAAAAAUCUUGAUUAUAUGAUUUAUGAAAGGAAUGCACUCAGAAAUAUUUAUUAGUAGUUUUGUGAAACCCGCUAUAUAAUAUUGUUGUGUAAAGAUGUUUAUUUUUUUUCUAGGUUUUGGUUUGUGAAUCUUGUCAUUUUUGCAGCAUCAUUACUAGAUGUUGCUUAAUCACUUUUAGGAAUUAACAUUGUCAUCUUUGUUUAUUCAGGGUUUGCCAAUCGAGAACGUCGCUGUAUUUAAAUCACUGCCCCCCAGCUCUUUGUUUCACUGAAUUUAAAAAGCAGAACAUGACAAGUUGUGGCUAAAUGGAAAACUAUACCUUCUGUAAAAAAAACCAAAUAGCAUUUACCAGACCUGUUAUGCAAUGCCUGACCACGUGUGCAAAACCUGCAAAAUAAAGGGAUUUGGUAUUGUUCAAAGUGAAAA